GUCCGAACCCCCCACCCCCCCACCCCCCACCACGAAAAGAGAGAGAGGAGGCCCCUAGCUUCACAAAGUCUCUCUUCACUUCACACUUCAAAACCCCCAAAACCAACACACAAAGCUCUCUCUCUCUAAAUUGCUUCACUGUAGAAGAACAGCAGCGAAUGAAGAAUCUACACUUUUAAUCAAGGAGAAUUGAUGGAGGAGAAGCAAAAGGAGUCUGGAGAUGAAAAGAUUGCAUUUUCCGAUCAGAUGAUGAUUCCAGAAAGCAGCAGCGGCAGCGGCUUCUUCGACCUAUCAUCAACAACCGAUCAUCACCACAAAACCAAUUCUUUCAGAUUCGUAGACAUGUUGAGCGUCCAAGAUUUCACCAACCCUUCUUCCAUCUUCGACGAUUUGCUGCACACCAUCACCGCCCCCUUCCCCCCGCCGCCGGAAUAUUCCGAGGUCGUCAACACGCCGGCCACGCCCAACUCCUCCUCCGUCUCCUCCUCCUCCACCGAGGCAGCAGCUGCCAAUGAUGAUCAUAAAAGGAUCGAUGAGGAAGAAGAGGAGCAAGAUCAGGAAAAGACCAGAAAACUGCAGUUGAAGCCGAAAAAGAAGAACCAGAAAAGGCAAAGGGAGCCGAGAUUUGCGUUCAUGACAAAGAGUGAGAUUGAUAACUUGGAUGAUGGUUACAGAUGGCGAAAGUAUGGGCAGAAAGCAGUGAAAAACAGCCCUUUCCCAAGGAGCUACUACCGGUGCACGAGCACCGCAUGUGGGGUGAAGAAGAGAGUGGAGAGAUCGUGUGAGGAUCCGACGAUUGUGGUGACAACCUACGAGGGCACACACGCGCAUCCCUGCCCCCUCACGCCGCGUGGCAGCUUCGCCGUCAUGCCGGAAAGAGGAGCCAUGCUAGACGGCGGAAUGCUCCACCGCUAUCACCACCAAUUAACGCCGCCGCAGCCUAUGCAACACCAACCCUACUUCCAUAACUUAUUGACUUCGCCUUUGAGCUUAAUUACCACUACUGCUAAUACUAAUGCUAAUACUAAUACUAAUCCUAAUCCUGCGUUAUUUGCUAAUCUCUUUCAAGAAAGACCCUUUUACCCCUCGGCCGCCGCGAGGGACGACGGCCUGCUGCAAGACAUGCUGCCGUCGCAGAUGUUCAAGGGCCAGAAGGGGGAGGAGGAGGAGUAGAGAGUAAUUUUAGUGUUUAAUUAAUUUCCUAGUAAAUUAAUUAAUUUGCUAGCUUUAUUAGUUGGUAUGCUUUUUAUUUUUGUUAAUUUGCUGACCGAAUCUGGAGUUUUGGGGGGUUUUCUCUUUAGAUAUGAACCACCAACUUCGUACCUAGACUUCGAUUUAGUUUAUGUGUUUUGGGGUUAUUAUUUCUUGUAUGUAUGUACUUGAAUCUUGUCUUCAUAUAGUUUCGGGGUUUAAUGGA